UGUUUCAGAUGUCCUUUGGGAUUCAGUGGUGAAUCUUGUGAACUUCCCUCUCCACUACCUCUGUCGUUAAGCCGGCCUCAAGAACAAGAAUCUCAAAUGGUGAUCAUAUUUGCUGCAGUUCUAUUGGCUCUCUUCAUUCUUGUGUUUAUGAUGGUCCGUGGUUGUUUCUGUGAUUGUUUUGGACCUCUUGGUCGAACGAGAUCAUCAAGCGUGAACGAUAAGCCGCUGGAUCCUGAAGACGUAAACAAGUGUUUACAAAGAUAUCGGGCUUACGAAGCACAGCAAGAAAUGAGGGCACAUGAACAACAACGUCCUCUGAUUGCCACUAUCAGUGACUCAUGUCCAGCCCCGUACAAUACAACGGUGUUACCGUCGGCACCUCCAAUCCCGAAUCCAAGCUAUCGCCCACCAUCACCGCCACCAUCGUACAGUUCAAUCGCUGGCAGCACCGACCGUAUACCAACGUCGCAGUCACAGCUCUAGUCUUGACGAUAUUCCUAUGGACAUAAUUAGAGGGCAUUUUUAUAGCUCUUUAGAUAAUCUGCAGCCAUCCCAGUAUUCUCAAUGUGCCUAAAAACGAAAGAGAACAGUGAUAUUAAUUUCUAUCACCAUCCCGAUGACAGCAACAGUAUAAAGCCUAAGGUCAAUAUACUGGUACGCGCUAGUCGUCAUGUUAUUGUUUGCUUAACCAAAAAUGAGUAUUACUAUUCGUAGCAUUGCUUCGCAAAAAUGUAGGCCUAUGUCGCAUUUUUACCGCACCAAAUAUCUAAAUUUGAAAGCUUUUCCAAACUAAGCCUGUGCAAUCCAAAUAUCAGCAGAUACUUGUGCCAUUUACAUGAAGUAUCUCAGUUUUCCCAACCAGUUCGCAUUUUCGCUCAUAUCUUUCAUGCAUCCUCUCAAUGCUGAGUUAAUCUAGUCAUGUGUACAUAAAAUAUUGUAUUGCAAUUUGCCAUUUCCUUUUGAAUUAGUCGUUUUCUUGUUACAGUUGCUUGUUUUCUGUGUCUGUGAAGGGAUGUUUUACCUCAUGUUCACGAUUUGACUUUGUAAGCUUAGUGAGUCAUUUGCUGC